GCUAGGAGAGGGCGGGGCGGCAAGCGGGGGGCCCCCUUGAAACCGACUAAUUGGGAACCGAGAGGCCGAGGUGAGGGCUGGAAUAGGCACAAAGGAGUCGCUGGGCAGGGAGGGGGCUGGUGGAAAGGAGAGGAUAGAUGAGUGGAGGAGGAAGAGGAGGAGAGGAAAGGAAGCCUAGCUAAGCAGCUUCAGCGGCUCAGUCUGGCCGGGAAGAGCAAGCAGGCAGGCACAGUCCCCCCCUCCCCUGCCCCUACUCCCCAACUUUUUCAACCGAGAAAAGUUUGGAAGGGGAGGAGGCUGCCGACUGGAGCUGCUGUGAUCUUGGGGCGAGGGGAGGGGGGGGGAAACCUGUGACCGAAAGUGGAGGGGGGGGGCGGCCAGCAUGCGGCCCCCCAGCGCCUUGCCCCGUCUGUUGCUGCCUCUGCUGCUGCUCCCCGCCGCCGGCCGGGCCCAGUUCCACGGGGAGAAAGGGAUCUCUAUCCCGGACCACGGCUUCUGCCAGCCCAUCUCCAUCCCGCUCUGCACGGACAUCGCCUACAACCAAACCAUCAUGCCCAAUCUACUGGGCCACACGAACCAGGAGGACGCCGGGCUCGAGGUGCACCAGUUCUACCCUCUAGUGAAGGUGCAGUGUUCGCCGGAGCUGCGCUUCUUCCUGUGCUCCAUGUAUGCGCCAGUGUGCACCGUCCUGGAGCAGGCCAUCCCGCCGUGCCGUUCCAUUUGCGAGCGCGCCCGCCAGGGCUGCGAGGCGCUCAUGAAUAAGUUCGGCUUCCAGUGGCCCGAGCGCCUACGUUGCGAGCAUUUCCCCCGCCACGGAGCCGAGCAGAUCUGCGUGGGCCAAAAUCAUUCAGAGGACGGGGGGCCGGCGCUGCUCACCACCGCCCCCCCGGGACUGCAGCCCGGAGGAGGGGGCACCCCCGGAGGCCCCGGAGGCGGCGGCAGCGGAGGCGCUGGGGGAGGCUCCCCACGCUACGCCACCUUGGAGCACCCCUUCCACUGCCCGCGGGUACUUAAAGUGCCCUCCUACCUCAACUACAAGUUCUUGGGCGAAAGGGACUGCGCCGCCCCCUGCGAGCCGGCGCGCACCGACGGCUCCAUGUUCUUCUCGCAAGAGGAGACGCGUUUUGCCCGCCUGUGGAUCCUCACCUGGUCCGUACUCUGCUGCGCCUCCACCUUCUUCACCGUCACCACCUACCUGGUGGACAUGCAGCGCUUUCGGUACCCGGAGCGACCCAUCAUCUUCCUCUCGGGCUGCUACACCAUGGUGUCGGUGGCCUACAUCGCGGGCUUCGUGCUGCAGGAACGGGUGGUUUGCAACGAGCGCUUCUCGGACGACGGCUACCGCACGGUGGUGCAGGGCACGAAGAAGGAGGGCUGCACCAUUCUCUUUAUGAUGCUCUACUUCUUCAGUAUGGCCAGCUCAAUCUGGUGGGUCAUCCUCUCUCUUACCUGGUUCCUAGCCGCCGGCAUGAAAUGGGGCCACGAAGCCAUCGAGGCUAACUCUCAGUAUUUUCACCUGGCAGCCUGGGCUGUGCCUGCCGUGAAGACCAUCACUAUCCUGGCCAUGGGGCAGAUCGACGGCGACCUGCUGAGCGGCGUCUGCUUCGUGGGGCUCAACAGCCUGGACCCGCUGCGGGGCUUCGUGCUGGCGCCUCUCUUCGUUUACCUGUUCAUCGGCACCUCUUUCCUGCUGGCUGGCUUUGUGUCCCUUUUCCGUAUCCGCACUAUCAUGAAACACGACGGUACCAAGACGGAGAAGCUGGAGAGGCUCAUGGUGCGUAUCGGUGUCUUCUCCGUGCUCUACACCGUGCCAGCCACCAUCGUCAUCGCCUGUUACUUCUAUGAGCAGGCAUUUCGGGAGCAUUGGGAACGCUCUUGGGUCAGCCAGCAUUGCAAGAGUCUCGCCAUCCCAUGCCCGCUGCAGUACACGCCGCGCAUGUCUCCCGACUUCACCGUCUACAUGAUUAAAUACCUCAUGACCCUCAUUGUGGGUAUCACGUCGGGGUUCUGGAUCUGGUCUGGCAAGACUCUCCAUUCAUGGAGGAAGUUUUACACCCGGCUCACUAACAGCAGACACGGGGAGACUACCGUCUGAGGACACCACACCUCCCGCCCACCCCGUCCUUGCCCCUCUCCCCUUCCUUCACUUCUCUCCAGCUCUCCUGUAGUUGAGGAAAGUGCAGAUCCAGAGUGUGAGGAAGAAUGACUUUCUGACCAAGGGGUACGAGUUGGGAGGGGUUGGGGAAGGCCCACAAACUUAUUUUA